AUGGGAGGCAACAACAGGCAGAGCAAGUCCCUGUUCUCCAUUUUCAACAUCUUCAAGUCCAAGAGGUCGACUCGCCGAGGCGACGACUACUCGGGGGAUGACUCAGUCAAGCGCUACAGGGUCUGGCCGAGCGACGAGGACCGAGACCGCUGGGUCGCCGAGUACGACAUUGACCGCAAGGCCUCUGCCUACAUUGCCAUGCGACGUGCCGCCACUAAGAUCGACGACGAAUAG